CCCAUGACUCACAACUGACAAUUCCAUCGACGCUGAGCAUAUCCAGUUCUCGACGAUUGUGCUGUAAGCUCUUUUUGGGAUUUUCAUUGAAUGACGACAACUACCCAUGUAAAGGAUCUGACCACGAUGUGGAUGAAAGACGAUAACACACAGUUUCGAUGCAGAGGACAUUCGUAGCUCUAAAGCCCUAAUUAUCAACUUCUCUUUCAUUUGACGGUGUGUCCACUCAGUAAGCUUGGAGUUGGUUGAAGUGAAGUCUGGUUAAUGCACAAGAGUUGCACGUCAGGUAUGUGAGUUUUACGCGUACAGAGCUUUUAUUCAGGACUUGUGAUUCGAGAAAUUUCUGCCGGGAUUCUGGUUGGAUGAAUUAUAAAAUUUGAGGCUGAGGAACGGGGACACGGACGAGGACCAGAUGUUAUGCUGCAAUUCAACGUCCCUGAUAAAGAAGUCUGAAUCCUCAUUGUUCUGGGUGGCAGUGUUUAAGCCAGGAGGGGUUUAAUGAUGUGGUUCACGAGGCUUGCAACUCUUGAGGGACCUUCAGACCUUGAGACUCUGUAACUGGAAAAUCAGUGUUUUAAAAGCUGAGAUACCUAGGUGGUGACUCUUCCUCCGGGUGCACCGUUUUCAAGCUCUGACGAGCUUUUUGGAUUUCUCAAGAACUUCCUUUGAAGCUGCAGCAGAGGAAGUAUGCCGAACGAUAAAAUUUUGGCAAGGUCUCUCGGGGUCUUAUUUGGCCUUGGACUAGCUGGAAUUUUCAUUCUCCGGCGGAAUCUUUUCAGGUUGACAGGCAGGAAGGAUAAUGGCGCCUUCAUUGAGUAUUUUGAGUUGCUACCUCCACCUCCGCCACCUCCACCUAGCGCUCCUCAUCCUCUCUCAGGGCUCACAUUUGCCAUUAAGGACAUAUUCGAUAUAGAGGGAUUUGUCACAGGUUUUGGUAAUCCAGAUUGGGCCUCAACACAUGAGCCUGCUACACGCACCGCUGCAGCUGUCAAAGUCCUUGUAGAAGCAGGUGCGACAUGCAUCGGCAAACUUAUUAUGGACGAGCUUGCUUACAGCAUUAUAGGAGAUAACAAGCACUAUGGAACUCCAGUAAAUCCUGCAGCACCAAAUCGCAUUCCUGGAGGAUCUUCAAGUGGGUCAGGAGUUGCUGUAGCUGCUGACUUGGUGGAUUUCUCUCUAGGAACGGACACUGCUGGUAGUGUGCGAGUGCCAGCGGCCUUCUGUGGAAUUCUAGGAUUUCGUCCUUCGCAUGGAGCUGUUUCAACGGUUGGAGUUACUCCUAUGGCCCAAAGUUUAGAUACUGUUGGUUGUUUCGCAAGAGAUCCAGCGAUCUUGCGGCAAGUAGGGCACAUUUUGCUUCAGCUCCCUUACAUGGAUGUGAGGCAACCACGACGGUUCUUUAUCGCUGAUGAUUGCUUCAAAAUUUCAUUAAUUCCUACUGAAUUGUCUCUGGGGACAGUUGUCAAAUCCAUUCAGAAACUUCUUGGACGGCAAGUGUUACAGCACAUUAAUCUUGGGGAUUAUGUGGCAAGAACUGUUCCGAGUCUGAAAGAGCUGCAGAAGGAGAUUAGCGACAGUAAUCUAGGAUCACUGGCAUUACUUCGGACUGCCAUGCAGAUUCUUCAGAGGUGGGAGUUCAAGUUGAAUCAUGAAGAAUGGCUGACCACUGUAAAGCCUGAUCUAGCACCUGCUUUAGCUGCAAGAACAAAACUUGCUCUUGAGACAAGUUCUAAUCUGGUACCUCUUCUCCAGAAGAUCAAGGAUGAGACUCGCUACGCCAUCAGUGAACUUCUCAAGAAUGAUUCUCUUCUGGUGAUGCCCACAGUCCCAGACAUUCCUCCGAAACUGAAUACCAAAGCAGAAGCGCUUGAAGUUUUUCGGAACAAGACGUUGGAUUUGAUAUGUGUAGCAGGGAUGUCAAGCUGCUGUCAAGUUACCAUGCCAGCAGGAAACCAUGACGGCGUGCCCAUGGCAGUGUCUCUACUAGCAAGGCAGGGGUCUGACCGGUUUCUACUUGAUACAGUACUAGCUAUAUAUUCUACAGUACAGGAAGAAGAUAAGGUUGCGGCUGACCAACCUUCUAUCGUGAGUGACGGCAACAGUGCUGCUGCUGAAUUGGCAAAGGAGAAGGGUAAUGCAGCAUUCAAAGAGAAAGACUACAAGAAAGCUGUAGGGUUUUACACUGAUGCAAUUCGCCUGAAUGGAAACAACGCAACAUACUAUAACAACCGUGCUAUGGCUUAUCUUCAACUUUGCAGCUUUUCAGAGGCCGAAUCUGAUUGUACUAAGGCAUUGAAUCUUGACAAGAGGAGCGUGAAAGCCUACUUGAGGAGGGGAACUGCCCGUGAGUUUUUGGGAUACUACAAAGAAGCUGAUGAAGAUUUUAGGCAAGCUCUUAUUUUUGAACCUACCAACAAAACUGCUAGUGAGGCGCUGAGUAGACUGAAGAAGCUUCUGUACGGUUAAUUUUUUUUUUUCUAGUUGAAUUGUUUCGAGGUCGUCAGAAUGGAUGGGCAGGACAUAUUUUCUUACCCUCUCAUCCACUGAGAGUAAAUCUAAGCCUAUGUGAUGCUUUUGCUCUUCAAGGCUUAGCUACCAGUUUAGGAAUCUUGCUUAGUAACCUGGAUUAGGGAUGGUGAGAGAGUGUUCAGUUUGUGCUGGACACAUGAUAAUGUGUAGGCGUCCGAUUUCGAUGUGCACAGACAAGUAGAUGAGUUGGAAUUCUUGAAGCAGGUGUGACUGCGGGCAGGAAAGGGAACCCAAAUCCCGUGAAGUGGAGAAGGGUGUCAUAAUUUGUUGCCUCAUUUGCUCGAGUCCCUUUGUAUUUUAGUCAGCAAAUUCUGAUGUUGCACUGGGGUGGAAUUCAAUUUAUGCGUAUUUGCAGUAA